UUAGUAUUUUAGGCACAUAGCACACAUUUCUCCGGAGCUGAUGUUUUGCUAACACUUUAGCUUAGCUUAAAAAGCUACUUUGCUGGAAUGUUUUAAAGGGUUAAAACCCUCUAGGUUUUGAAGUUAAUUAAAAUUAAUUGAAGGAAAUACUUCUGGCCUCACCAAAGAAAUAACUGGAAUCAUGGAUCAGAACAACAGCUUGCCACCGUACGCUCAAGGAUUAGCCUCCCCUCAGGGUGCAAUGACUCCAGGAAUUCCAAUUUUUAGCCCAAUGAUGCCAUAUGGCACAGGACUGACACCACAGCCUGUGCAGAGUACCAACAGUCUGUCCAUCCUAGAGGAACAGCAGCGGCAGCAGCAGCAGCAACAAGCAGCACAACAAUCUACGUCACAGCAAGCGACACAGGGAACAUCUGGUCAAACGCCCCAGCUCUUCCACUCACAGACUCUUACCACAGCCCCUUUACCAGGAACCACACCUCUGUACCCCUCUCCGAUGACUCCGAUGACUCCAAUAACUCCUGCAACACCAGCAUCUGAGAGCUCUGGAAUAGUACCACAGCUACAGAAUAUUGUAUCCACGGUGAAUCUUGGUUGCAAGCUUGACCUAAAAACCAUUGCGCUUCGUGCUCGAAAUGCUGAAUAUAAUCCCAAGCGUUUUGCUGCUGUUAUUAUGAGAAUAAGAGAACCACGUACUACUGCACUUAUAUUCAGCUCUGGAAAAAUGGUGUGCACAGGAGCAAAAAGUGAGGAACAAUCCCGACUGGCAGCAAGGAAGUAUGCAAGAGUUGUUCAGAAACUGGGUUUUCCUGCAAAAUUUUUGGAUUUUAAAAUCCAAAACAUGGUGGGCAGUUGUGAUGUGAAAUUUCCCAUCAGAUUGGAAGGAUUGGUACUCACUCACCAGCAGUUCAGCAGCUAUGAGCCAGAAUUGUUUCCUGGCUUAAUCUACAGAAUGAUCAAGCCAAGAAUUGUUCUGCUUAUUUUUGUGUCUGGAAAAGUGGUUUUAACUGGUGCUAAAGUACGAGCAGAAAUCUAUGAAGCAUUUGAAAACAUCUAUCCUAUUUUAAAGGGAUUCAGAAAGACAACGUAACAGUUUCAACAUCUUUCAGAGAAAACAGGGGUAUGUUUUACAAGGUAUUGCAUAUGGCACAGCAUUAACAUGAGACUGACUUCCAAUGAAACUGCAACACCAGGACUUGGACUAUUUCCCAGUUAGUGCCUACUUUCCCUGAUGCUCAAGGGGAACUGUAUUCUUGAUUAUGUCUACUGAAUUACUGUGAGUUGCUUUACUGGGCUGUUCCUGGAGCAGUCCCUCCAAGUUUUAUUUAUAUUCUAGCUUUUAAAUAGUUUUAAUGCCAGUUCUAUUAAUAGAAAAUCCGUAAGUUGGUUUAAAAGACAAAUACAACUGUCAUUCAGUGUAUAAACCACUUAAAUCACCAUGUAUAUAUGUUUUACCUUCCUUCCAUAAG